UUCCAUAAAAGAAUGCUUACUUCAUUUCAUGUAAGCUGGAGGGAGAGAAUCAAUCAGCUGAUCUGUUUCAAAGCAUUUCCUGCUUUCCCGUAAGCUGAGAAAUCAAAAACAACCACCGUGCAUUGUGUUAGCAUCGCCAGGGUUGCUCAAAGUUACUUAUAGAUGUUUGAAAGCAUAAUGUGAGUUAGGAAAUUAGCAAUGGAAAUGGCUCAUCGAAAGAAUUAUUCUUAGGGGUCCGAACUGAGGCCUUACCAACUCCCAUGUGGACACCUGCUUCUUAUUCCUUUCCUGUUUUUAUUCCAGAAGAGAAUGGAUGGGCCUCAGAAGAGCAGCUAUGGGACUCUGGCUGAAGGCAGGGUGGGAGAUAGCCCGUUUGCAUCGUCGCCCUCCCUGAGGAUCAUCCUGGUGGGCAGAUCGGGCAGCGGGAAAAGUGCCACAGGGAACAGCAUCCUCUGCCGGCCAGUCUUCCAGUCCAGGCUGGAGGCGCGGUCUGUGACCCAGACAUGCCAGGCGGCCACCGGCACGUGGAACGGGAGGAGCGUCCUGGUGGUCGACACCGCCCCCAUCUUUGACACAGAGGCCCACAACCAAGAGACCUACAAGGACAUCGGGGACUGCUACCUGCUCUCCGCCCCAGGGCCCCACGUGCUGCUGCUGGUCACGCAGCUGGGGCGCUUCACCGCGCAGGACACGGCGGCGGUGAGGAGGGUGAAGGAGGUCUUCGGGGCGGACGCCAUGAGACACGUGGUCCUCCUCUUCACCCGCAGAGAGGACCUGGGGGGCGAAUCCCUGCGCGAGUUCGUCACCAAAACCGACAACCGCAGCCUGCGGAGCCUGGUGCGCGAGUGUGAGGGCAGGUACUGCGCCUUCGACAACCGGGCCGCGGGGCCGGGGCAGCGGGAGCAGCUGGAGGAGCUGAUGGCCGUGGUCGAGAGGCUGGACAGGGAGCGCCCGGGCGCCUUCCUCAGGAACGACCUCUUCUUUGAGGCGCAGAGGCUGCAGAGGGACGGGGGCGGCGCCGGCGGAGGAGCCCGCGGGAGCUACCUGGCCCAGGUGCGAGCGCAGGUGGAGAAGCACAAGCGAGACCUGGAGGAGAGCGAGAGAUGCUGCGCGCCCAGGGCGCUCCGCGGGGUCAGAAAGUGGGUGACUUCUCACCUUGGCGUAACUGCUUUUCUUGUUAUAUGCGUUUUGAUUUUUCUUGCAAUUUUAAUUAACCUGUGCUUUGCUCAAGGACACUGAGCAUUUUCCGAUGAUUUCUACAAUCACCUGUUUUCCCAGACUCACCCUCUGUCUGUUUGUAAGAUACUUUAUUUGCUUUCUACUUAAUUCCACUUUCGAUUUCUCUUCCUUGCCUCGGAGAUGCCACCCAUGUUCUUUCACUGCUUCUGGAUAAAUAAAA